UCUAUAAUAGCGGAUACUACGCGUCAAAAUUAUCUGCAAUUUUGGAAUAUUUUCCAAACAUUUCCAAAUAAUUAUAUAUCUGUACAGUUCGCGUUUAAAAGUAUUUGUCACGGUGUAAUUGUUCUACAUAUCGAGAUUAAUCUCUUUUUGUUAAGUUAUUAGAGAAUAAAAGUUUAAAAUACUUUUCCGCGUAGUUGGAUCCGCUACUUAUGACGCUCACUGUAUAACAGCAAGCUGCAUUCAGAGUCCGAGAUCAAAAAAAAAAAAUCAAUCAGCUAUGGAUAUACCUGAAAAUGCAGAAUUGGAUCCUGCUACUGGCCAAGAGGCCCGCAGGCUCUCAGUUCAGAGCUGCAUAAACAAGAUAGCACACGCAUCCUUAUGCCGCAUUAAGCACUGCCAGACCCCAUCCUGCGUAAAGAUGAAACGUGUCUUUGAGCACACCAAGCUCUGCAAAAGGAAGACCAGGGAUGACUGCCCAAUAUGCAAGCAACUUAUUGCUUUGUACUGUUACCAUGCAAAGCACUGUGUUGAAGGGCCAGAGUGUGUGGUGCCAUACUGCUUAAGCAUCAAAAAAAAACUGAACCAGCGGCUGCUACUUAUGCAACCUAUUACACCUGCUUACAGAAGCCAUGGUAAUGACGUGCUGAUGAAUACUAUUUCAAGCACAAACUCGACAAUGUUGAUAUUUGACCAAUUAAUUAAUGAUAAGGUCUCAUUUGCAAAGAAACUAGAGAGAGACAUAUAUGAGGGUUCAGACUCUUCAACCAAUUACUACCGCUUGAUGGCCACAAAGAAAUGGGAGAUAGAGAUGGACAUCGAAGAAAAACUGCGCAUGGAGCAACGUAACAUAGAAGAGAUUAUAAACUUAUUUGGAAAUCAUUGAAAAGAGUACAUACAAAAAGAGUCUAUGUAAUUACAAAUUAUAGGCUUUGUUUUAAUUUUUAUUGUAAUUUUAAUUUUAAGUUAGUUUUAACUUGAAUUUAGUAGUAAUUUUAUUUUGACAUGUAAAUUGAAUUUAUGAAUAAAUGAGUAUAAGUAUAA